CCAGCAGUGCGCGCAAUGAAAUCGAGGCAGCGUAAACAGUACUCCAGGAACAUGAAAAGAUCGGAUGACAGUGAGAGGGAAAAGAGGAGAAAGAGGCGGAGGCUUCUACAGGAACUGGGAGAACAGAGGAUACCCUACCUUUCUCCUACAGACCCGGGAUUCCAGGAACUGUGGGACUCCAGUUAUGCGGGACUGGCUUUACGGCAGUCUGGUACCCUUCCAGGCGAUCUCCAUGAAAAGGUGCAGUCUGCUCUGAGAACUUUUCAGCGUCGUGGUUGCCUCCUCAGAGAUCUUGUUCGCAUUCGUGACCGGGACAUCUUCACAGCCGUUUCACGUGCCCUUGUGGGUCAGCCUGGCUACACUUACCGUUAUCUGGACACCCGUCUAUUUACCAUCCCCUGGCACCGUGAGGAGGGAGACAGCCAGAGAGAUGAGAAUGAGAAACUUUGCUGUGACUCUGACCUGAGGGGUGCUUGCCAAGCAUUGUGGGAGCUCAAUCAGUUCUUUUUGACAGAUGUUCAACAGCAGACAAAAAUGAGAGGUGUCAAACGUUCUCGCAGUGACACAGAAAACAGUGAAGAUACUCCAGGGGAGGGGACAUGUGAAGAGAGUGUUAAGGACAGGGUACAUGAGAAGACAAAGGAGAAAGAGGAGAGGACAGAUGAGGAGGUGGAGCAAGAAGACAGUGGUCAGGGCUGCUCACAUUCCUCACCUUCUGCCUCCGCUCCACCACCUGCUGUGGCUGGCCCGGUCCACUUUAAUGUUACACUCAUCAACUAUAUGGACCCCACAGCCAUGACCCAACUGAAAGAAGAGCCAUAUUACGGCAUGGGCAAAAUGGCAGUGGGGUGGCAUCAUGAUGAGAACCUGGUGCCUCUCUCACCAGUUGCUGUCUACAGCUAUAGCUGCCCAGCAGAGCCAAAGAAUGAAGGAGUGACUGCAAAAGAUGGGGAGGGACAGAGUAAAGAAAAAGAGACUGAGACAAAGGAUGAAGGAACGAAUAAAGAUGAAGGAGAGAAGGAAAAAGGUGAAGGUUCGAAGAAAGAGGAAGUGGGAAAAGAGAAGACAUGUUGGCGUGUUGGACUGAAGGUAGCCUGGGACAUCCACACACCAGGCCUGGCCCUGCCUCUUCAAUCUGGAGACUGCUACUAUAUGACAGAUGAUUUGAAUCGAACACAUCAGCACUGUGUUCUGGCUGGUGACACUGCUAGAUUCAGCUCCACACACAGAGUUAUACAGUGUUGUACAGGUACACUGGACUACAUACAGAAGCGUUGCUCGGAGGCCUUGGAGAAUUUACACACAGACCCUGAGAAUAACACCAAAAGCUUGUUUUCCCUCCUUCCCUCCACCCUGCAGCACAUUGAGGACAUACACAACGAGGUGGAGUUUGAAUGGCUGAGACAGUAUUGGUUCCAGGGCCGACGUUACGCUCCAUUCUGCAGCUGGUGGACUAAACCCAUGGAACAACUGGAGAACGACUGGAAGGAAAUGGAGCGAAUGCUCGUUUCUUGAUCAGUGAGAUAAGCGGCUGAAGAAAAAGGAAUUAAAUCUGGAGUUGCAGACCAUGACUGAUUAAUCACUACUGGGGAAACACACAAACACCAACUCAAAUUCAUCACACAUAUAUGCUUUAUAACAUUCCACAAAAACACACACACAUUACAGAGGGAUUAAAAUGUUAGCUGACAGUCAGGUGGAAUCAGACCUCAUUUGGUAGAUAUAUGCUUAUCUCUCUCUCUCUCUCUCUCUUGCUCUCUUUUCCUCUAAUGUGUCUUUCUGUCUCCUCUAUCCUUCCUUUUAUUUUCUCAAAGUCACUAGGUUGGCUAUCAUGUUGGGGCUCUAAACUGAGUUAAGCCACGGUUCAGAACAAUAAGAGGAAGAAUGGGAGAUCCUGAUGGCAAGCCACUGUACAAUUGUUGGAGUCACUUGAAAAAUAGCUAAGACAGAUAGGAAUUAUAAAAAAAAAAAAAAAAGAAAUUGCAGAUAAUUUGAGAGGUAUUAGGGAGAGACAGGAGAGAAGAGAGAAAAGAAGAUGAUAUAAAAGGAGAGAGAGACAUGAGCACAGAGCGGUGAACAAGUGAUGUUAUGCAGGAGUACAGUCUGGUGGCUGAUGCAUACUCAGAAGUUGCAGUCUUUGUGUUUGGACAGAAGUUGAGAGCGAGGGCUGAGAUGAAUAGACACAUAUGUGUUUGAGAGUAAACACACUCUCUCUCUCCAAUGGGAAAUGUUCCUGUUGGAAUCUCUUAUGAUCCCUUCCCUUUCAACUCUCUUCCUCUCUCUGUCUCUCUCAAUGUUUCGUACAGUUCAGUGGAAAGUUACAGAUGAUUUUGGGAUUAUAAAGUACAUUCGGUUUUUUACACUGAAUAGAUCAGGCUUGACCACUAGAAAGUAAAAUCACACCUUAUUGGCACGGACACUUGAAAUGGUAGAGGAUAGGUACAGAAAGAUAACAUACUCUUUUUAAUCCUUAAUGCCAAUUUCUCUUCCUGGAAAAGCAUUUGGAUUUUUUUGCGCACUGAGGAAUUUCAAAUCAACUCAUCUUAAAGUCUUGAUCAUAGAUCUUAUUGAUAUGGCUGUUUGUUGUGUACACUGUAACUGUUAUUUUGUCUUUUAGUUAUCAUAACUUAAAAUGUAGAGGUAGAAUUACUGCCCAGUACUGAUCUUGUUGAAAUAACUCAAUUAUCCAAGUUUUUGUUGCAUUUUGUUGAACUUGUGAUGAGUAAUUAAACUUAGAAAAACUAUUCAGCUAAAAUCAAAAAUACUGUAUGAGUAAAGAGAACCAUGCACAUCAUGCUCACGUAUUUGGAUUUCCAGCAUGCACUGCGGCAUGAAUACUGUACAUUUAGCUAAUUGCACUAUUACUGCCUCACUUUUCUUUCUUUUUUUUUUUUUUUUUAUUGUUUGCUUCUUUUUUAUGCUGUUGGUUGUUGUGUUUGUUGUCACUUUCAGUUCAAAGUUCAUCCUUUUACUCGAUGUGUGUGAUGAUUGUCACUGUCAUCGCAAUUUGCGUGUAACGUGUUGAGUCCCAUGUGUGUCGCCUUUACAAGUUUAAGUCAGAAUAUACAGUAAUCGAGUGAUCAAACAUUCAUCUUUGAUCAUCAACUGGCCAUUUACCAUCAAAUGGUAGUUUAUUUGACCUCUGACAGUGGAAUGGCCAUAACUACUUCUGUGGUUAUCAAUAGUAUUAAAUUAUAAUACAGGUAAUUCACUUAUAUAAUCAGUUUGAAAUUAAUUAGAAUGAAGUUUAUUAAACUAAAAGUUAAAUUUAUUAAAAAAGACGUUAAGCUCAUUUAAAGUUAUUGAUUUAAGUAAAUUUUAUGAUCUGUUUAAACAACUUUCCCUCUUAAGUUGAUACAACUUAAACAUUUAAGGCAGCAUAAACACUUUUUUAAAGUUGAAACUACAAGAUUUCUUUUUUUUUUUACACUGUGGUUCAGUGUGGGUUUCUGUGGGUUUAAAUAGUGGGGCUGUGCCACUAUGUUUGAGAUUUUGGGAAUUUUAGUUAUUACAAUAUUUUAACUAGUUUAUUUUAUCACAUGGAAUUGGCCAUGGAUCAUCUAUUUCAAAGCAUUGUACUAUAAAAAGAUACAACCAGUGUUUUGUAGUAAUGGCCUUGAUAACAUAAUCAGAACACAAAAAUCAAGUAAAUGCAAUAAGAUCACAUUUUAAAUGUGUAAUCUGAUUAGUUACUUUUUAUUGAUUACAUUAUUACAUAUUAAUUACGUUACCUAUAAGUCCUCACUUUCAAAGAAUCGUUGAUUGACUUAAUGUUUACUAAUGUUUAACCUUUUCGUACGUGAGUUUCUCCUGUACUGACAGAUACUCCCUGCGUGAGUUCUUUAAUGCACACUGCAAUUAAAAUAAAUCUUACCUUACACUUCACAACAGAUGCACUGAAGGACAGAUUAUAUCACAGCGGGUGCACUGAAGGUCAGAUUAAAUGUUAUCAAACAUAUAAUGUGGUUUUUAGAUAUUUAUAAUGAAUGAUUAUGAUAGAUAAGAUGCGAUCGCAAAUGCUUUUGCUGGCUAUGCGUGCCACCAUAUUUACGUUGCAAUGCAAGAUGGGAUUCUGAGUUUGAAUCGUCAUAGAAGCAUACAAAAGGAAGAGCAUAGAAGGUUCUAAAAACCUAGCACUUCCACUCUCCCAGCCCCAGGAGUUGUGACGGACAGAAUGGGAGAAGGCUCGAGCGAACUGACUAGUUUGUAUAUUCUUUUACAUCAGAAAACAUGGCCGCAGCACUGCAUCUAAACAGUGCGC